AUGAAAACCCGGCCAAACCUGGUCAUACCUGGAUUUGGAUUCAACAUCACGAUCGCUGAUCUCUUCUGCAUCCGAGGUUUGCCAUGGUUGAAUGACGCCACUAUGGGUGCCUUUUGUGUGUUUUUGAUAACGUACAAGAACAACUCGACGGUGACAAUACCGCCGGCCAAGAAGACACCGCCGAAGAAGCCGGCCAAGGCGGAGCCGGUGCUUGUGGAGCAGGAGCUACAGCAAGUUCGCAAUGGUUUGGCUUCUCGGCAGUUUGUGCUGAUGCCAAUCAACUUGAGUGGCGCCCACUGGGUGUGUUUGGUGGUCAACGGAAGGUCUAAGAAGAUUAAGCUACAGCAUGGGCUUGAAGACAAUUGCGGCUGA